UCAUCGAAAUCAUCGAAAAAAACUCGGAACAAUAACGUAAUCUAAGAGGUACUGAAAGGUAAUUACCAUUUUAAUGAAGGGAAGUACAGGCUGUCAAAAAACAUGUGAAGGGGUUUCUGUUCUUCGGGAUUUCAAACCUUUUUCAAAACAGCCAUGCACUGAUCUAUAAAUUCAGUAUUUAUUUGUUCAUUGCGUUCCGUUACAAAAACCGCUUAAAACUGUCAGUGUUGAAAUAUCUCCUACGCAUUUCCACUAGCGGAGUAAUGAGUAUCAGAUAGUCGGGGACCUCGACUUUAGCGUUCUCUCUAGUUUUUGAAUUUUUUAGCGAUAAACCAGGGGUUUCAGGCGGUCCCCAGGGAAUACUGUUUGAUUAUUUGUGAUUAUUAUUAUGAAAUUAUUUGCCCAAGCCAAGUAAGGCUAUUUAAUUCGCCAACCAAGAACAUUGAUCAACAGUCGAUCAAAAUUCUUAGUGGCAAAUGUUGUAAGACUCAAACUCAGCAUGCGACUUCCUUCUCAGAUUUUUUGUAUAGUUGUGCUUUUCAUUUUUGCGCGGAACUCAAAGGCAGAUAUUCCAGACUGCAGCUACUUCGACACGGUCGACAUUUCAAACGUUGAAAGACAAAACGAUUCGUAUUUGUACGAUGGCAUCCCAAUCCCUGCCAGCCUCACUGAAGACUACGACCACAAGCAGUUUGCCGACUUAUCGACAGAGCCGGUAAAAAAGCAUUUGAGGGCUUGCGUUUGCAAACUGCGGCCUUGCGUUCGAAUCUGCUGCCCCGCCAAGUACACUUUGGCCAACGGAAAGUGCGGUGAUGGUCUCCAGGAGGAGCUCGCCCGGCUAGAGUCCUAUAUAUACCUUAAAUCAUCCAUGAACCUUUCGACGAAGACACGAGUACCAUUAACCGAGAUGGCUAUUAUCAGAGAUCCGUUCUUAUCUUGUGAUGAAAUGAUGCACGUCACGGAUGAGUUUGCCUACGUAGAGAAUGGAACGCUAUAUAUCUCCGAUGAGCAGUACUUUGAAAAACACUACUACUGCCUGUACCCGUAUCAGUUUAAUUCGGACUUUCCAAACUCCAUGUGGAUAGUGAAGCACAGCUGCGUAACUUACUUACCGGACGGAUUCAGGCAGAUCGUAACGAUAUCAUUGAUAUGCUAUAUUCUGACAAUAGCCGUAUAUCUAUACAUCAAGGAGCUGCGCAAUGUGACUGGCAAGUGCGUUAUAUGCUGCAUGAUUUCAAAGUUUAUAGAGUAUUUGCUUAAAUUACUAAUUAAUAUGAAGUUAUUAAACAGUAUCUGCUCUCUAGCUGGUUACAGCUUGUACUUUUUCUGGAUGGCUUCCACUAUCUGGUUCUCCGUCAUCAGCUACCAAUUAUGGAAACUCUUGACGUCGGUCAAUCGAGCCGAACCUACUUAUAGGUUCCUGCUGUACAGCGCCUUCGUCUGGACCACAGCCGCCGUCAUGACAGGAAGUAUUUAUAUGGUUAAUCUGAUGUGGGAAAACGAUCUUAAUAAGUGGAACUGGUUGCCUUUGGUCGGUUUCCAUCGUUGCACGGCCAAAGAUUGGAACUCAUCCUCCUUGGUCUACAUAAGUGGGCCGUUUAUGGUCCUGAGCACUUUCAAUAUCGCCAUGUUCACCCUGACUGUCAUUUACAUACGGAAAGUAAAGAGGGAAAUAAAGAAGUUCGCACAUGAGGAGCAGGAGAGGAUAGACUGCAUCAACUUCGACAGCCAGACCUACCUGCAGUUUCUGCGACUCUCCGUCGUGAUGGGCCUGACUUGGAUCGCACAUGCCAUUCCGUUUUCUGCGAGGUUUACCAACAUUACCUUAAAGCAGAUCAUAAUGAUAAGCGACUAUUAUCACGACGCGUUUGGAAUAGUCAUUUUCGUUGUGCUUGUGUUGAAGCGCAGUACAUUAACUUUACUGAUUAAGUCUUAAGUUUUUUGCCAAAACCCUCGUAUACUCAUUAAUUUUAAUAAUUGAUUUGCUAUAAUUUCUGGAAAAAGAAUAUAAUACAACUCAAGUAUACGUAUUAAUCGCAUUAAAAAAAUAAAUAUAGUUUUAAAAGCAACGUAGUUCAAACUGCCAAUCUGUUCCUAGAGCAAGUUUCGACUCGCUGAAAAAACUUUGAAAAUUACCGCCUAAAAAACAAUCAGUCCCUCUUUUAUAUUGUAUUGACCAUACGGAUGAAUAUCAGUUUCAAAGAUGUUUAAAGAAAACUUUUACAUUUCUUAUCCCCAUUGGGUACAGAAGUAUUUACGUUUAUUGGAUUGCUCAUGCUGAAUUAUUAUUUUAAGCGAAAAAAUAUGUAAAUUGAAUAAAGUGUACCUAAUAAAAAGUGAGCUGAUGUAUUUUUCAAGGCUGCAAAA